AUGAUUCUCGCUACACUUUUAUUUCUAACAGUCGCUUACACAAGUGCCCAGGGUUUCGAUUGUCCUGCCGUUCCUUUCAAUUCGCCAGAUAACAUAACAGUAUGGUCUUGGUAUCCAAAUAAUUUUUCCAACACACAACCUCCAUUGUUUCCAAAUGACUAUAACUGCAAUUAUAAAAUAAAAGUUCCACAAGGUUUGAGCGUAGUUAUUCGGUUAUUUGUGAAUUUGACGGUUCCACAGGAUCGAGCAGUUGCAGUCCAAGUUUUCGACCAGAAUCAGAAUAGAGAAGCAGUUUACUCUGCAAAUGAUGAACACUUCUUCUUCAUUGCUGGUGGUGGAUCAAUCCAAUUGAACACUACAGAUCAAAAUGUUCAUUUUGGAUUCGCAAUGAGAUGGUACAAGGAUGAGAACGCAUUUACUCCUCAAAUAGGAAAUGUGUCCGUUUCAGCUCCACAGCCGUUUGUUUGGUGGGCCUUUGGUGAUAAUCCAUAUCAGAUUAAAGCCGAAACUCGUGUAUCUCUUGUUGUUACACCUCCUGAAAACGAUUUCGAAUUUCAAUACCUAAGAGGUGUGAUAAUUUACGAUGGUCCGGAUUGGAACUCAAAGUGUCUGGGAAAUAUAUUACAAGUUUUCAAUAGCAACAGACAGCUUGUUUCUUCUGGUCAAUACCUGUCAGUUCGUCUAUUGAAACCAUACUAUCAAACUGGACGUACUAUGUUGAUAUUCCAAGAUUAUCAAAACACAAAGGAUAUUGUACAGUAUCAAGGUUUUGCAUGUGUCGAUCGAACGAAUUGUGGAACUGUGAAAAUGGACGGAUCACAAGGACUUGCCGCGUUUUCUACUGUGAAUGAUGACAUAACUGCAGAGUAUGUGACACAGGUAUCUGGAUCAGGAUUUUUAGAAGUCUACAUUGGUGGGCACAAUAUAGCCAAUUUGAUUGCCACCUAUACACUAGACAAUACAUCUUCUACCUAUUUCCCUCAAGAAUUUCUUGGAUACGUCCGAACAUAUGUCCUUAAAGGAUCAUCUGCUUUUGUCAGCUUAACUCGUAACUCGGAAGAUCUUUCACGAAACCAGGCAGUGGGAAGAAAAGGAUUCUUCGCAUCUCGAUAUUAUAAAUCCGGCCAGCCAUCGAGGGACCAAGACAUUUAUGAUUACAUCAGAGCUCCGAGAAAUCAAAAGUUCUUAUAUUACUUUAAUAUUCAAGAGGCUGAUUUUGUGGGAAAUACAACACUGAAUGUACAAGUUUACAAUAACGGAAAGAAUGCUUUUGACCAAACAUUCAAUGCUACGAACAAACCAUCAUUCAACACGGCAUAUCAAGCGUUGGGAGAUGGUUUUAGUGCCACAUUUAAAACAUAUGGAAAUGUUGGAAAUGGAUUUCUCUUGAACUAUGAAUUGAGAUCUGGAAGUGGCGGGUUCCAACUGUUUACAGUUAUACUAAUAACUUUAUUUACACUUGGACGAUAA